AUGCCAAAGCGACCAACACCCCAUGGCCCAUCCUCGAAGCCAGGGUCUAGUGGGGACAAUUGGAAGGCUCUCACCAAAUACGAGGAGAUCAUCAUUCUGCGACUUUGCUUAGAAUUCCGCUCUCUCAUCAAGGUGGACAGCUAUAGCUUAUUCUAUCAAUCUGUCGCUCAAGCUUUUACAGAAUCACAAUGCCUUCCAUAUUUAUACAGCGCAAGCGCUGUCGAAUUGUUUGUGGCCUUCAACAUGAGCAAGCGAAGGGAAUCUCAUAGAGACUCAAAGACGCCGUCGCGCAGCUCUAAUCAGCUCGAUGAGCUGCUCGACCAAUUAAUCCUAUACAUCGACCAAGUUGAACGAGCUGGACCAAUGGCACAUCCUCGAGACAAAAAGUCCGAUUCACAUCUGAGGCACGCUGAGACGGCCCAUGCUCUCGAGUCGCUUUUAACCGCCAUCAUGAACAAAGACACUCGAACUGAGAACAAAAUCAGUAAAAUUGAAAGAAAAAUCAGCAGUCUUGAAACGUCACUGCUGGACAUCAACACCAAACUGGAUUUCAUGUUGGAGCGAUUAGACCGUCGAGGAGCUGACUUUCAGCCAUCUUGA